GCAACAACUUGCAACUGCAUUUCUUCUAACGAGAAACGGACCAAAACCUUACAACAUUUUAUUUCCAUUCGUGUCCCCACUUUACUGAGUCAAUAUAAUUCAACUCGUUCAUUUCUCAAAACUCACUCAACUCGUUCGCUAUGGUUUCCGAAUCCGAACUCAUCGGCCGCCUCCGCGAGUUCCUCCGUAACUCCGACCUCGACACCACCACUACUUCCACCGUCCGCCGUCAGUUAGAAUCCGAUUUCGGUAUCGAUUUAUCUGAUAGAAAAGCAUUCAUCAGAGAACAAGUAGACCUUUUCCUUCAAACCGUUCAUCAACAACAAAACGACGUCGCAGAAGAAGAAAACGCCGCAGAAGAAGACGCCGAUAAACCACAACAAAACCAAGAAGAAGAAGAAGAAGAAGACGUUGAUAAUGAGGAAGAGGAAGAAGAAGAGGAGGAAAAACCGAAGCGUACCAGAAGUGUGAAGAAGAAGACGAUGAAGAAGAAGAGUAAAGAACGAUCUAACAAGUCAGGUGAUGAGGUAGUAAAGAGAAAAGGUGGCGGUGGUUUUUGCAAAAUAUGUAGCCUGUCUCCACAACUUCAGGAAUUCGUUGGAGCACCAGAGAUGGCCAGGACUGAGGUUGUUAAGCAAUUAUGGGCCUAUAUUAGGGAGAAAAAUUUGCAAGACCCGAACAAUAGGCAGAAUAUCAACUGUGAUGAACCACUGCGUGCUCUUUUUGGUGUCAAUUCCAUCAAUAUGUUCCAAAUGAAUAAAGUAUUGACAAAGCAUAUCUGGCCACUGGAUUCUGAUGAUGUUGUCCAGGUGAAGGAGGCAGUACCAAAGGAAAAGAAGAAGAAGAAGCAAGAGAGAGAAGAUGAUGAUUCAGAUGAGCCGAAAGGAAAGGAAAAACGGCAGAAGGGAGGAUCAGGAAAAGGUUUUCUUGCUCCACUUCAGCUAUCUGAUGCCCUUGCGAAGUUCCUUGGAGAAAGCGAAUUACCAAGAUCUGAUGUCAUUAAAAGAAUGUGGGAUUAUAUAAAAGGAAACAACCUUCAGGAUCCUUCUGACAAGCGGCAAAUAUUAUGUGACGAAAAAUUGAAAGAACUCUUUGAUGUUGACUCCUUCAUUGGCUUCACCGUUACAAAACUGCUGGCGCCUCAUUUCAUAAAGACAGAGCAGUGAGUUGCUUGCACAUUGUUAUGCGAUCGAGCUUUGGAAAUUUGGCUAAUUUUGUUUAUUUAUCAAAUUAGUUUUGAAAGGCCUUGUUUAUGUAUCUUUUCAGCAUGGUCUGCAAACAAACAGGGGGAAUAGGAUUUAGUGUAAUGACAGAUUUUCAGUGAAUUUUUCUCAAAGAAUUUAACAUUACUAGACCAUUUAUCGUUUUUUUAAUAUCGUGUUUUGCCACUUGGCAGUGGAAAGUUUUGUAUAAUUUUAGUUCAUGAAGCUGCAAAGAUAAUGUUGACUCCA